UCGUGCAGAUUCAUCAGUUCCUGUUCGGGAAGGGGAUUGUGUGUGAGCACACACACACUCCGUACACCCAGACCGAGUGCCAGUGAAACACACAGACAGUCAGGCAGAGAGAAGUGCCUUCUUUCGGUGACCCCUGUGGCUGUUUGGCUCCACUGAAGCCGCCUCUGCCUCUGUGCCUGUCCAUGUCUGCCAGAGUCGCCAGCCACACCAGAAGCCCCAGGACUGCCAAUCCCAUCCACUGAGCCAGUCUACACACCACUGACACCUCACUGCUUCCCUCCGUCCAUGCCACUCAGCCCUCCUCCGUGGAAGUCAACCACCCCCCCCUCCUCUGCAGGCAUAGCUUGAUACUGAAGACAGACAGCUUUUAUCGGCUCCUGCAAACGGAAGGAGAUUGUCUCUCUGCUGUCCCCUCCACCACAGCCUUCUCCUCCUCAUCCUUCUUCUGUUCAUCUUUCUCCUCCUUCUCUCUCCUCCAGCCCCGCAUCUUUUCAUCAUGGGCCAACUCGAUCGAUAAUGUGUUUUGCCAUUCGUCUCAUCUCAAAGCUCAGCCGAGGAGCGAGGCCAAAUCUGGUGUGUGUGUGUGUUUGAGAGAGAGAGAACAAGAAAGAGAGAUUACAAAGCAAACCCUUGUGGCCGUCGCCAGCCCUGGGUGACAGGCGGUGGAGGAUUCCUAUCACAGCCACAAACAGACUCUUGGGAUGGGCCGCAGGUGGUAGGCAAGUCCCAGGCCUCACAGGCUUCACCUCAGAAUCAGACCCUGGGGACAAAACCUCUUAAAAUUGGCCUUUUCCCAUGUCCUUUACCUAUUCUUUCUCCCCAUUUGUCCCCGCAUCAUUGAAAACAUACACGCGUAACUGCAUUUGCUGGAUAUCUGUUCCUCUUAAUCGACCCCUCCUGCCUGGUUCGAAAUGGCAGUGAAUGUGACACCAAUCCGGGACACAAAGUGGCUGACGUUGGAGGUUUGUCGGGAAUUCCAGAGAGGAACGUGUUCGCGACCGGACAGCGAGUGCAAGUUUGCUCACCCUGCCAAGAGCUGUCAAGUGGAAAACGGCAGAGUCAUUGCCUGUUUUGACUCACUCAAGGGCCGCUGUUCUAGAGAGAACUGUAAGUACCUGCAUCCUCCUCCCCACCUAAAGACCCAGCUGGAGAUCAAUGGAAGGAACAACCUCAUCCAGCAGAAAAACAUGGCCAUGCUGGCCCAGCAGAUGCAGCUCGCCAACGCCAUGAUGCCCGGCACACAGCUACAGCCAGUGCCCAUGUUUUCAGUCACACCCAGCCUUGCAACCAAUGUCAAUGCUGCUGCGGCAGCAGCCGCUGCGUUUAACCCCUACCUUGGCCCCGUGUCGCCCGGCCUGAUGCCCGCUGACAUCUUGCCCAGUGCUCCCGUACUGGUCACCAGCAACCCCAAUGUCCCCGUACCAGCUGCUGCUGCUGCUGCUGCACAGAAACUCAUGAGGACAGACAGACUGGAGGUGUGUCGGGAGUACCAGCGGGGUAACUGCACACGCGGAGAGAACGACUGUCGCUUUGCCCACCCUUCAGACAGCACUAUGAUUGACACCAACGAUAACACGGUCACUGUGUGUAUGGACUACAUAAAGGGCCGCUGCUCGAGGGAGAAGUGCAAGUACUUUCACCCUCCAGCUCACCUGCAGGCCAAGAUCAAAGCGGCCCAACACCAAGUCAACCAGGCUGCGGCUGCUGCAGCCAUGACUCAGUCGGCUGUCAAAUCACUGAAGCGACCCCUCGACGCAACUUUUGACCUGGGGCUCCCUCCUGUCUUGCCUCCUUUACCAAAGAGACCUGCACUUGAAAAAGCCAAUGGUGCCACCACUAUGUUCAAUGCUGGCGUAUUCCAGUACCAACAGGCCCUGGCCAACAUGCAGUUUCAGCAGCAGGCUGCCUUCAUACCAUCAGGCUCGAUAUUGUGCAUGACACCUGCAACAAGUGUUGUACCCAUGAUGCACGGUGCUAAUCCAGCCACUGUGUCUGCAGCCACCACAUCUGCCACAAGUGUUCCCUUUGCAACCGCAACAGCCAAUCAGAUUCCAAUAAUAUCUGCAGACCAUCUGACUAGUCACAAGUAUGUGACCCAGAUGUAGGAGUCUCAAUCAGAACAAUGGAACUGGAGUGCGUUGGUGUCAAGUCCAAGACUAGCGGUAACCCUUCAUGCCUGUAACAUCAAGAGCAAAACGGAAAACCAAAUCUCAAUUGGUUUGGGAUAAAUCUGCAUGUUAUCAUAGGAGGCACAGUGUGUUAGGAUUGUUUUCAUGUGUUACUCAUGCACACUUCAACACGACAACAGAAAAGAAUAUAAUUUGCAUUAAAAGACUGCCUUUCGCUCUGUGGAGGCAACUUACCUUUAUUCACCGGACACACUUUGAAUGUCAACAUGAGGUAAACGAAGGGAGCAGUCAUUCAAAAAAAAAAAAUGACUGGAUUGGUACGUCCAUUGACCAAGAAUCAUGUGUUUUUUUGUUUAUUGGUUGGUGGUCUUUGACCGAAAUGUGUUCAUUUGUUUACACAACGGUGCACCUUGUAUUUCAUUUGAGGCAAAAGAAAGAAACAAAUUAUCUGACUAAUCACAUAUGCAUGCACAACAAUUUUCUUUAUUUUUUCAUUUUGUUAAACCAGUGAUAGGGGAAAUUACACGAGUGUGCUCAGAGGCAAAAUAGCAACUGAAUGUCUGUGAGGUGUCUUUCAAACCUUUGUAGCCUACUUUUCUAUCUCUUAAGCACAUGUCUUUAACCUUGCAGGCAUCCCUGUAAAGUGCCAUACAUCUCAAAACACAUGAAUGGUAUUAAAGCAGUUCUACAAAGUGUUAAACUCAA